AUGACCGGACGGAAGCGCCAACGGCAGCCCGUCUUCCACGUCGCCCCGUGUUCUCCUGCAACGCAUGUUUUGCGCAAGUCACUCAGCGCUGUCAUCUCUUUGGCUCCCGCCCGCAAGCCUAUUCGUCUGACACAAUGCGACACGUCAACCGCUUUCGAGUCUGUCUCCGAGAUCAGCCAGCGUGCCAACCUAUCCCCAUUCGAGACCCAGUGUGCCAGUAAUUCCUAUUCCAAUGCCUGCGCCUAUGUGCUGGGAAACCAAGGUCACAUCGAAGCGUCCACCAUCCUGGCCGGUGAUGUCAAGACCAGCCAGGAAUAUGGCCCUCUGCAACGGCUGAUAGGCCCGUGUCACCCCAACGUGCGACAACCACCCUAG